CAAAUUCAACGAAGAAGAAUCCAAAAAAUAACAGCAGACCUGGACAAAUGAGGAGAAGAAUAAUGUUAAAGUUUUCACAUUCCAGUCAUGAAUAGGACUCGUUUGGUUAAUUUACGCACUUUUACCUUAAUCGUCAUCGGAUGUUUUACAGUUUAUACCGUGUGGAAUUUAAAGAGUAAGAGAAAAACAUACGUUAGAAACAGGAUGUCGGACCAGACUCUGCAGUAUUUUCUGGGUCUGGGUCUGAUAGAGAAACAGGACGCCGCUGAUAUUAAAUGGUGUCAUGCUGUCAACAGUAGGAAGAGGCUGACAGAAGCUCUGACAGGUCCUACUCACAUGCUGGAGGCCGAUGUAAUCAUGAGAGGUCGUGACCCCAGAGAGCCGAUCAUGGCUCAUCCUCCUGACACGGACAGUGACAUCACACUGAAGGACUGGCUGGAAUCUGUCAAAACACACGACAAGGGCUUAAAGCUGGACUUUAAGAGUCUGGACGCAGUGUCUCCGUCAGUGGUCCUGCUGGGUCAGGUUCUGGGGGACUCCAGUCGUCCCCUGUGGGUCAAUGCGGACAUCCUCCCUGGUCCUGGAGGACAGGCCACGCCCCUGCAGCCUCAGGGCUUCCUGUCUGCAGUUCAGUCUCUUCCCGCUCACACUGUGCUCUCUCUCGGCUGGACAACAGGAUGGACCGAAGGCUCAGAAAACCCAGGGUACAGCUGGGACAUGGUGCAUGAGAUGGAGUCCAUCUGCAGAACCCUGGACCACCCGGUCACCUUCCCGGUUCGUGCAGCCCUCCUGGCCCAGUCGCUGUCCCAGCUCACGUGGCUGCUGCAGCAGUCGGAAAGAUACACCCUCACAGUGUGGACGGGCCAGAAGGACCAGGUCUGGGUCCAGGACCUGAUGCUGUACAGGAAGGACUUUGACCCCAGGAGGAUCUACUUCGACCUGCCUGAAGUCCACAUGAUCCAGCUCAAAGAGACGCCAGCCGACAGUCCCUGAAGUAAUCUGGUACUUUUAGACACAGAGUAACCCAUACCAUCCACUUCUGAACUGUAGUAGACUGACGCCCCCUGGUGGAGAUACACACAUCCAACAGGCCUGUGCAGAACCAGGGGGGUGAAGAUGGAGAUACAGCAGAAUUAAUAAGAUGGAAAUGAGGACAAAUGGGCACAAUCUGCACAAAUAUUCAAACCAAAAGUCAAAUCUAUUUUUG